GGGAAAGUGGUAGUGGGGUAGUUGGCGGGUGGCAGAGGAGAGCCGGUCGCCAUGUCCGCGGGGAGCGCGACGCAUCCUGGGGCCGGCGGGCGCCGCAGCAAAUGGGACCAGCCGGCCCCAGCCCCGCUGCUCUUCCUCAGCCCGGCCGCCCCGGGUGGGGAGGGGCCCAGCAGCGGGGGCAGCCCCGGGGGCUCGGCGGCGGCCCCCUCGGGGGCGCUGGACGCCGCCGCCGCGGUGGCCGCCAAGAUCAACGCCAUGCUCAUGGCCAAAGGGAAGCUGAAGCCCACGCAGAGCGCCGCCGAGAAGCUUCAAGCCCCUGGCAAAGGCCUGACGAGUAGUAAGAGCAAGGAUGACCUGGUGGUGGCUGAAGUUGAGAUCAAUGAUGUGCCUCUCACGUGCAGAAACUUGCUGACUCGGGGCCAAACUCAGGAUGAGAUCAGUCGGCUUAGUGGGGCCGCCGUGUCCACUCGAGGGCGAUUCAUGACCACCGAGGAGAAGGCCAAAGUGGGACCCGGGGACCGUCCAUUAUAUCUUCAUGUUCAGGGCCAGACCCGGGAGUUAGUGGACAGAGCUGUGAAUCGAAUCAAAGAAAUCAUCACCAACGGGGUAGUGAAGGCCGCCACCGGGACAAGUCCCACAUUUAAUGGCGCCACAGUCACUGUCUACCACCAGCCAGCACCCAUGACGCAGAUCUCUCCAGCGGCUAGCCAGAAGCCUGCCUUCCAGUCAGGGAUGCAUUAUGUUCAGGAUAAGUUAUUUGUGGGUCUAGAGCACGCCGUACCCACUUUCAAUGUCAAGGAGAAAGUGGAAGGCCCAGGCUGCUCCUAUUUGCAGCAUAUUCAGAUUGAAACAGGCGCCAAAGUUUUCCUACGAGGCAAAGGUUCUGGCUGCAUCGAACCAGCAUCUGGCCGAGAAGCCUUUGAACCGAUGUAUAUCUACAUAAGUCAUCCCAAACCUGAAGGCCUGGCUGCUGCCAAGAAGCUCUGUGAGAAUCUCUUGCAAACAGUUCAUGCUGAGUACUCUCGAUUUGUGAAUCAAAUCAAUACUGCUGUGCCGUUGCCAGGCUAUACACAACCCUCUGCUAUAAGUAGUGUCCCUCCUCAGCCACCAUAUUAUCCAUCCAAUGGCUAUCAGUCUGGUUACCCUGUUGUUCCCCCUCCUCAGCAGCCAGUUCAACCUCCUUAUGGAGUCCCAGGCAUAGUGCCACCAGCCGUUUCAUUGGCACCUGGAGUCUUGCCAGCAUUACCUACUGGAGUCCCUCCUGUGCCAACACAAUACCCGAUAACCCAAGUACAGCCUCCAGCUAGCACUGGACAGAGUCCGAUGAGUGGGCCUUUUAUUCCUGCUGCUCCAGUGAAAACUGCCUUGCCUGCCGGCCCCCUGCCCCAGCCCCAGCCCCAGCCCCCACUCCCAGCUCAACCUCAGGCACAGAAGAGACGCUUUACAGAAGACCUUCCCGAUGAUCGAGAAUCUGGACUUCUCGGAUAUCAGCAUGGACCCAUUCAUAUGACUAAUUUAGGUACAGGCUUCUCCGGUCACAAUGAAAUUGAAGGUGCAGUACCGAAGGCGGCAAGUUCCUCGGGCAAAGAGCGAGAGAGGGACAGGCAGUUGAUGCCUCCACCAGCCUUUCCAGUGACUGGCAUAAAAUCAGAACCUGAUGAAAGGAACGGGUCUGGACCUUUACCGGGGAGCCAUGAUUACCCAGUCAAGAAGCUGAAAACGACGGAGAAGGGUUUUGGCUUAGUGGCAUAUGCUGCAGACUCUUCGGAUGAGGAGGAGGAGCACCAUGGGGGUCAUAAAAAUGCAAGUAGUUUUCCACAGGGCUGGAGUUUGGGUUAUCAGUACCCUUCAUCGCAGCCUCGAGCCAAACAGCAGAUGCCAUUCUGGAUGGCCCCAUAGACAGCAGUGGAGCGGAACUUUGACCCUCGGCAACUCUCUUUAGCAAUAAUGCAUGUAUUUGAUUGAACAAGACUUUGGGCCUCCACUUGAAACCAUCUUGGACCUUUUCGGAAGUGAGCAAUGCCGAUCCCCCUGUCAAAUCGGGGUGCUGUUCACUAUCAAGCACCCUCACUCCUGCAGUUGGCCGUCACCUCUGUUUUAAACUCUCCUUAGGAUCACAAAUUCAUUGCGGAAGCUUUUUUAACAGGUGGUGAAAUGUGUUCAUUCAACCAGGUGCCCCCGAAAGGGCCAUUCCCAUGUGCAUUUGACCUGAUCCAGUCUUUCCACAUUUCUCUCUUCUCACAUAAAGAAAGUUUCACUUGUAUUUUACUACAGUUUGGUCCAUUUUGAUAAUGACUGAUUAUUUAAAAAGACUUCCUAUUAGUGAAGAAAUGAAUUGACCUUCUUUUCAGCACUUAGAUCUCGAGCUUCUCAACCUUAAUUCAUUUGGGAGUCUUUCUGUUCCAAAAAUCUGUGGUUUCACUAAUUUAAGACUUUUGAGGGGUUGAAGCAAUAGUACAGUGAAUAGGACACUUGCUUUAUGCAUGGGCUGACCUGGAUUCAAUCCCUGGCAUCCCAUACAGUCCCUCAAGCCCCGCCAGGAAUGAUUCCUGAGUAUAGAUCCAGGAGUAAGUUACCCCUGAGCAUUGCUGGAUGUGACCCAGAACAAACAAGACUAUUGAGUAUACUGGAUCUGCGUAGGAAAAUGGAAUGAUUUUUUUAAGUUGUGUCUUUUUUUAUUGGAUGAUCCAAAGCUGGCACCUUCAGGCACACUUUUGUCUCAGCCUUUUGUGGCAAGAUUUUAUUGCCCUCCUAAGACUUUUUGUCUCAACUGAUCCAAAGAAGAUCAGAACUCAUCACAGAGAUGAAACCCAGUGGUCGGUCUUUCUCUGAGCUGGUUGCAGCUAAAAUAGAGAUUUGACCACUGGCAGUAAAAUGUGGACUUUAUAACUGAAAUUGCAACUUGUCCUAUUUUCUUGGCAUUACAAAUUUUGUUCCCCCCCAAAAAAAAAGAAAAAAACACCUUUUUUGUAUCAAAUGUUGGUGUGUGAAAGUAAAGGAGCUAGUCUGCUGAACCAAGAGUAGUUUUGAGAUACUGAGCUGUCAUUUUUGCACAUUUGAAUACUUUGCAGGCUGGCUUUGUAUAAACUUAUCCUCUGGUUUCCUAUAUGUUGUAAAUAUUUAGGCCAUAAUUUCAUUAUAAAUAAAUGUAUGAAUAUUCU